AUGUCUGCAGGCAAGCGAAACAACACGCUUCUUCUCUUCAGAGAUAACUUCACCAUAUCAACAUGGUUAGCCAUUGGUGCCCUCUUCCAAUCGAUCGCCUUUUCGGUGCUCGGCCGUAUGGCUUUUCUACCGGCGGCAUGUCUGUUACUGUAUCGUGUGGCGGAUGCCUACGCCAUCAAGACUGGCCUCAAGCAUAACCACUACCUGGAUGGUGUGAUUAUGGAGCAUGUAUCUGCUCAAAUCCCUGGAGAAACAGACGGCGAUGCAGAGACACCUGCGGACUCGGAUAUAUGUGUGUUCAUCAUUGGGUCGAAAGUCAAUCACCCCCUUGGACUACUCGCACCAGGCUACAAAGAGCUGGGUGAACAAUUCACGAGCAUGAUUCAAGAGAUCAAGAACAAUGCUGAAGAACACGGAUUUUUGGGCUCCAGAAGUCUUGUCGGAGCCGAGUCGGCCACAAACAACGAGACAGUAUCGAUCAUGUACUUCAAGACGUCCGAGGCUGUGCAAGCCUAUGCAACUGGGCCGCUUCAUCGCAAGUCGCUGACUUGGUGGGCCAAGCACGCAGCCAAAUACCCUCACGUUGGUAUCUUCCAUGAACUCUACCAAGUACGAAAGAAGGAUUGGGAGACAGUGUAUGGGCACAUGAAGCCAAUGUUUGCGGGCGAGACUCGACACAAGGUGGAGACAGGGCUGUCGGAGAAGGACGAAGAGGGAGCUAUCUGGAGAAGUCCGUUGGUGUUCACGACAGGAGUGCUCAAGACGAGUCUAGGAAGAAUGGGUAGGCUGCCGGGCAGCUACAUCCGGAGCGAUCUGGAGGUGAAGGAUGAAAAAGCUGGAGUUAUGUCGGUGUAAUGGGCAAUGUCUGUUUGAUGAGUUUAUGAACAACUAGACAGCGAGCAGGAUCGCACUUCU